UGUAUUAUUAUCAGUCACGUUGAUUUUAUUAAUCCUGAAGCUAGACAUUAACAAUAGCGAAAAGUGUAAAGGGACUACACAUUACGUUUUGAAUUGUGCAGAGAAUGCAGCCUUUACACAUCCAAACCCCACUUGUCGAAAGUCAUCCACUUUCGAAGAUCACUGGAUGCCCGGUAUUUUUAAAACUCGAUAAUGUACAACCAGUGUCAUCUUUCAAAAUACGUGGUAUAGGAAAUCUGUGUCAAAAGGCUGUAGAGGAAGACUGUAAACACAUUGUAUGCUCUUCUGGUGGAAAUGCUGGUCUUGCAGCAGCAUACUCAGCAAAAAAAUUAAAUACUCCCUGUACAAUAAUUGUACCCACGACGACCCCUCAGUCAAUGGUAAAUCGGCUUCAAGAGGAAGGUGCAAAAGUUACUGUUCAUGGAGAUGUCUGGGAUAAAGCAGAUAAACUUGCAAGAGAAAUAGCUGAACAACCAGGCUACACCUACAUUCCUCCAUUUAACCAUCCUGAUAUUUGGGAAGGAGUCGCUACUGUAAUCCAUGAAGCAGCCAAGGAAUUGAAUGACAUUAAGCCAGGAGUAGUGGCUGUGUGUGUUGGAGGAGGUGGGCUCCUCUGUGGUGUAACACAAGGUCUACACGAUGUUGGAUGGAAGGACGUCCCUGUUGUGGCUAUGGAAACAGAAGGAGCUAGUAGUUUGAAUGCGUCAGUAAAAGCGGACCAAUUAGUCACAUUGGAUGGUAUACAUAGUGUCGCCAAGACUCUUGGUGCAACAAGGGUUGCAGAAAGGGCUUUCYAAUGGACCAAGGAACAUAACAUCAUCAGUGAUACCUGUACUGAUAAGGAAGCUGUCAGCGCUUGUGAACGGUUUGCAAAUGAUCAUCGGAUGCUCGUAGAACCCAGCUGUGGGGCAACUUUAGCUUCAGUUUACGACAACUACUAUGAAAAAUGGAAAAGAGAAGGAAAACUCCCAAGUGAUCUUUCGUCCAUACUUGUCGUGGUCUGCGGCGGGAAUAUGGUGUCCAUAGAUCAGAUAUACAAAUGGAAAACACAAUUAGGAAUGCAUUAGAAUAGGAAUGUAUGAGAUUAAAGAGUAAUGAAAGGAAGGAAGAAGAUAAGCUUUACUGGAUAUUUAGUUACUUCACUUGCUUUAGUUACUUCAAUUGCUUCAGUUAUUUCACUUGCUUCAUUUCCUUCACUUGAUUCAGUUACUUCACUUGAUUCAGUUACUUCACUACUUGCUUCAGUUUCCUGUGGUGUGUUGUAGGUUUCGGUUUAUAGUACUACUAUUAUAUUGUUUGCACUCUAACCGUGAAACUUUAGUAAUACUAAAUAGCACAAUUUCAUGCAAAUUCCACUGUUUUCUAUUGUUUAGUUAGCACUAUUUUGUACUAUUACGCAGCCCGUA